CUCAAGUGACGAGGGGUCAUUGUAUUCGACCCUUGCGCCUCAAAGUCUCUUUCAGCGUUAAGCACGUCACGACCGCCAGACCGUGAACUAUCGUGGGUUCAAGGAAUUCUCGAGGGCGCAUAGUUGACAUACUCCAUCGCUUGCCGUCAUGGCGGGCUCGUCAACCGCCGCCAACCCCGCAUCCCUCUCCGAGUGGUACGAGAACUGCAUGCAAGCCUUCAGGGAAUUCCUGCUGGCCCUCGGCGAGACGAACUGCCGUGCAAUCCGCCUCGAGCAAGUUCACCUUCCAGAGAUAUUAGAGGAGUACGGGAGGGCCAAGAUCUGGGGAGACCAGACCAAAGCAGACCUUCCGGCAAGAGCCCGCGGCUCUUUGGAUGACGCACUCCGACACGAUGACGAUCUCAAACAACUGGUUCAGGGUAUCUUCGUCCGCCUGAGGGCACUCCUCGGUCAAGCAACAUCUAUCGCCGAGAGGAAGUAUGAUCUACUCGCCGGAUCGGAUUGCGAUUCGAUUAGCAGUGUCAGCGCCGACUCUGAUUCUGGUACAGACGACGACGCGGAUGCCGAUGGCCAACACCAGCGCCGUAGCAUGCCCAAGAUUCGUCUUAUUGUCCAGCAGAUUGUGGGACAGAUCCGAUCACUUUAUGACCUGUCUUCCUUGCUUCGGCGCCCAAGUAUUGCAGACAAAUACAUCCGCUCCGUCAGCUCCAAGUUGAACACAUCCACGUCGAGUGACUCGGACGCCUUGCCACUAAGUGUUGGAUUCCGCACCUCGGACGAGAGCCACGUAGCCGAGAAGGUGCUACAAUGGCGCGGCCUGACGAAGAGCGGGCUAGGCGUUAAGUUUGAAGAGGAGGAGCCUGCUCCUACCGGGAAGGACUCGACAAGUGACGGCAUGGAAGAUAUUCUGUGGUUUUGCCAACGGCUUGCGAGAGCGAACACGAGGCGACGAGAACAGCUUCAGUACUGGACUGCCAAUCCCUACGACCCCAAGAAAGACGUGCCCAGCGCAGCUCAGCUCCCUUCGCAGGAUCUGGCAGACGUUCUAGUCAAACAGAUAGAAGUGGCACAGGAGUCACGAAGCCAAACGUCUACUCUUAAACCACCGGAUAGAAAUCUCCUGCGCACAGGGCCAAGGUCAGCAGUGUCAAAGCAGAGUUUCUCGACGGCUGCCGUCUCGCUCGUUCACGAUACGAAAACAAAUGUUCGGCCUCGGACGGUCUAUGCGCUCACGGCCGUCGGCAAAGGCCGAUCCAACUCUGUCCCCGAUCCACCUAAGGCGAAAGAUGGAUUGAGCACCUUUCCGUGUCCGUAUUGCGGAAUGACACUCGAGGUCAGCGAGAUGCGGAACAGGCAAUCAUGGCAACGCCAUGUAUUUCGGGAUCUCCGUCCCUACGUUUGCACGUUUGAGGAUUGCCAGAAUUCCGGGAAGCUAUACAUAAGCCGCGGUGACUGGAUACACCACGAACUACAGGUCCAUCGGCGCAAUUACGUCUGUAAAGAGUGUAAUAAGAGGUGCCCAAAUAGACGGGAAGCGUCGACACACCUCCGAGAACACUACGGAGAGUCAACUUCGCCGUCCCAGCUCAAUGUCAUCCUGGAUCUCUCCGAACGACAAGUCGACGUCUCAGCAGAGGAGAAAGACCCAUGCCUCAUUUGUGGAGAGGAGCUCUCACUGUCUACAUUACAGAGCCAUAUUGCGACCCACAUGGAGGACAUCGCUCUCUUUGUCUUGCCCAAUGUCGACGAAGAGGAAGGAACCGGGGGCUCAAAGGCUUCGGUGCAGGUAGCGAGACUCGAGUCCAAGGGCAAAGCCAGUUAUCUUGAGUCGGAUGUUGGGAGCCUCGGCUUCUCUGUAUCUGGAGGCCAUGGGCAAAAUCCGCUCGAUUUUGCGAAGAUACUCGCCGACGAAGAAGUGGGAUAUGCCGCCAAAUUUUCGUCUUGGGAGACCAAGGGUGAUGAAGACGGAACGUCCACCUCCAUUCUGCGAUCGAACAUGUCCGAUCUAAACAACUACACCGUCGGUGUCGACUUUCUAGCCCGGUUAAACAACCAGGAAUACAAGCUUGAGAGCCCGUACGAGCGGAUGGAGAAGAUGAAUAACCUUGGGAAUGCGCUUUAUAGCCAGGGCAAGCACGAUGAGGCUGAGGCGAUGCAUCACGAGGCGCUUGAGUUACGCAAGCAGUUGCUUGGCCGCGACCAUCCUGAUACGCUUACUAGCAUGGAAAAACUUGGGAAUGCGCUUUAUAGCCAGGGAAAGUACGAUGAGGCUGAGGCGAUGCAUUGCGAGGCGCUUGAGUUACGCGAGAAGGUGCUUGGCCCCAACCAUCCCGAUACGCUUACCAGCAUGAACAACCUUGCGCUUGUGCGCGAUAGCCAGGGCAAGUUCUUUGGGGACAGAGACGCAAUCUCGGCACGACCCCUCGUUGUACGACGUGAUGGAGGGAGAAUUUAUCUUCCCAUGGGCAGAUUUCACGGCGUUCUAAAGAUGUCGGAAUUUACAACUUAUCCGCCUACGCAGGCAACGUUUUCGGUGGAUCAAAUCGACGACUGGGAAUGCAGCGCUCUGGUUCCAUCGGACCUCGCCGCACAGGCUUUGCAGCAGAGCCACGAUCAGGUCGUUCCUCGUCGGUGGAGUUUGGGAAUCGACACUCUCAAAGUGCUUGUUCACCCCAGUCUUGGCGGCGAAUUCCAGAAGGCGCUAUAUGCGGCCCUUCAAUAUCGGAUCAAAGGAAACGUCGACAUCACCGAAACCAACGACAGCUACAAACCUGACUCCGCCGUGUUCAGGAUUACGAUGAAUACAGAUGACAAUGACCGCAUCGAUAUCGCCGGAUCUCCGUCUCUGAUCGGGUAUGAAGGCCCAGUGCGCGGGCUGGAUCUCACGGGCGUCAACGUCGCUCAGAGGGCCGCAAAGUCCGCCGCUAUUUUGGCUCACCUGGUCCGGCUCAGACAGAUCCUCGACCUCAGCAACGGCGCGGGCCAGCCGGAUGCGCCAUUUAAGGUUACACUGAAGCCGUACGGGAGCGAGGGCGGUCCAUUGGCGGGUCAGUGGCUAAGGAUGAGAUUCGUAUUCGAGAACAUGGCUAAGUCUCGGCUCUACUUUACAUUCUUGGUCCUCGGUUCUGGAUUUUGUGUGAUGCAGCUCUACCCUUUAGCGGAUUCCCCACAAUCGGUAGAUGAGGGAGGCGAGGUUUCGCUCGACUGCAGAAUACCGAUACCCGACCUGCUCAAGGAUUAUGAAGAUCAGCGAGACAUAAUCCGGAUAGUUGUCACGAGGGGUAGGCAGGUUUCGUGGAAAAGUUUGGAACUGCCUGACAUCUGGCAUACUGAGCGGUGGGCCGACGAGCCCUGUGGCUCAGGGAUGGGCGCGACAACGCGGUCGGAAUGUAGCUACUGGGUAGAAGAUAUCAAGGUAUUGUCAACAAAACGAGGCGAUGGAGACGACGUCUAUUGGAGGUCACGGAUAUAUAGUUAAUAGGACAGUGCGCCCCCCUUGUCUUUCCUUGUAUUCCACUGGUUUUCAGCCUCUGACACUGUUUAUAUGCGCGAAUUGUCUCUCAUCAAGAUACUUGCUGCCUUUUCUCGCCCCAGCUUCUGCGUUGUGGCUCUGUGGAC